CAAGAAUUUGUCACAUGAGUCAAUCGUGGACCGACAUAACUCAAGGCAGUAGUCUCUGUUGAUAACCAAAACAAGACCUUGUUUUAGAGUCUGCGUCUGGCGACGGUCAACUUGAACAAUGAGGUCUACCACAUUAUGGGUGGUAUUCACUUUAUUUGUGAUACUAUACCAAGUCAAUGCCAUUCCUGUGGCUUCCCCGAAGGAGACUAAAGAGCCUGAGAAGCUUGCCGAUGAAAAUAGUAAGCCUGAAAAGCUUGCCGAUGAAAAUAGUAAGGCUGAGAAGCUUGCCGACGAAGAAAGUGGUGCUGAUAGCCCAGCACCGGACACAGAGGAGAAAACAGCCGAUGAGGAUGAUGAUAAACCAACUGAUGAAGAUGGCGACGAUGACGAACAGCCCAAGAGCGAGGAUGAAGACGAAGGUUCCGCCGCGGCUGAUAAACCAAAAGAGAGGAGAGAUGCCGACGAAACGGAAGAAAAGGGUGUUUCAGUAAAUAAAAAGUGCGGAGGAUGCGGUGGUGGUUUCGGUGGCUUUGGAGGCUUUGGAGGUCUCGGAGGUUACGGUGAUGGCUUCGGCGACGGCUUCGGCUUCGGUGGACACGGCGGCGGACAUGGAGGCAGCUGCCACGGCUGCCAGUGGGGUGUUCCCGGAGAAGGAUGCUGCUGCUCCAACUGCUGCGGCGGUUUCGAGUGCCCCCAUUCCUGUGGCGGCUGUGGGUGUGGCUGCUGCCCCAACCUGAACUUCCCUGUCACUUUCGGCGCAUGCGUGAACAACCCUUGCUGCGAGUGUUGCCAGAAGAAGCCGCCAAAGGGCAAAUGCAAGUGGCCUUGCUACUGGCCUUGCUGCUGCGAGUGCACUCCACCCAAGUUCAAGUUCAAGCCUCUGAAGGCCAAACCUUUGUGCCACUGCCCUCACUGCUCAACGAGCCCAUGUGGUGGAUGUAUGGGAUGUCACGGAAACGGAGGACACAAGAAGUCCGGUCCUACCAAGAGAGAUGAAAUUUCCAAGAAGUGCGGAGACGGUUGUGGUGGUUGUGGAGGAUUCGGUGGGUUCGGUGGAUUUGGCGGUUAUGGUCAUGGCGGAUUUGGCGGAUACGGCCAUGGCGGAUUUGGCGGAUGGGGAGGAUUUGGCGGAUACGGUCACGGUGGAUUUGGCGGAUUUGGCGGCUUCGGUGGUUUUGGCGGUUAUGGCGGUCCCGGAGGCUUCGGAUAUGGUGGAUAUGGCGGUUUCCCCGGAUAUGGAUUCGGUUAUGGAUUCUAAAUUAUUUCCAGAUUUCGCCCUCUUAUACUUGCUGAAUCCAAGAUCCCAAUGCAGUAACCAAGAUUGCCUUUUGUAGCAAUCUGCAUAACAUCUCUCCUUGGUACAUCGCUCAAUGGAUCGCUCAGUGAGCUACUCCUUGUUCAUAGUAGUGUUGAUGUUGGCCAGCAUUUGUUUGAAGUGUUUGUCAACAUUGAAGAAUUCAAUCGAUGGUUGAAAUGGUAUAAAUUUGUUGUUACAGCUGCUUUGCUGUGUUUGGAUGAGGGUGUGAGGUACUUUAUCAAAAUAAAAUUUAAAGAAACCAA